UCCGGCGCGGGAUGGCGGGCCCGCUGCGGGGCGGCGGCGCGCGGGCGCUGGGCCUGCUCGGAUCGCUGCCGCGCGUGAGCCUGGCCAACCUGCAGCCCAGUCCUGGCUCCCGGAAGCUGGAGAGACGACGCAGAGGGCGGAGAAGAGGCCGAAAAUGCGGCAGAGGCCACAAAGGAGAAAGGCAAAGGGGAAACCGGCCCAGACUGGGCUUCGAGGGCGGGCAGACGCCGUUUUACCUGCGCAUCCCAAAAUACGGGUUUAAUGAAGGACACAGCUUCAGACGUCAGUACCAGCCCUUGAGUCUGAGGAGGCUGCAGUAUCUCAUUGAUUUGGGCCGCGUUGACCCCACUGAACCCAUUGACUUAACCCAGCUCGUCAACGGGAGAGGUGUGACCGUCCAGCCACUGAAGAGGGACUGCGGUGUCCAGCUGGUGGAGGAGGGCGCUGACACCUUUAAGGCGAAGAUCAACAUCGAAGUCCAGUGGGCUUCUGAGCUAGCCAUUGCUGCCAUUGAGAAAAACGGUGGUGUGGUCACGAUGGCUUCCUACGAUCCGAGAAGUCUCGAAAUACUGUGCAAACCCAUUCCAUUCUUUCUGCGUGGACAACCUAUUCCAAAGCGAAUGCUCCCCCCUGAGGAGCUGGUGCCCUAUUACACCGAUGCCAAGAACCGCGGUUACCUGGCGGAUCCUGCCAAAUUUCCCGAAGCAAGACUCGAGCUUGCCAGGAAGUACGGUUAUGUUCUGCCUGACAUCACCAAAGAUGAGCUCUUCAGAAUGCUGUGUACGCGAAAGGAUCCGAGGCAGAUUUUCUUUGGUCUUGCCCCUGGGUGGGUGGUAAAUAUGGCAGAUAAGAAAGUCCUGAAGCCUCUGGAUGAGGAGCUCCUCAAGUACUAUAGCUCAUGAGUUCCCUCCCAGGAAAGCGGCUGUGAGGAGUUCAGGAAGAGGGACUGAGCCCUGGGUUCCCAAAUUGUAACACUUUUCCAGGGUUGAUGUCAGCUGUCAGUACAAUCCUGUCUUUCAUAUAUAUAUGUAUGUAAUGAAGAUAAAAGUGCAGGAAGCAGAGCCACAGAGAGGAA